UAAACCAAAACGUCGUCGUCUGUUAGCUAGAGUACCAAAAUGUCGUCGUUGUGAGAGUAAACGACUGAUGCAGUGUACUUGAAGAAGUCGCUAUGGAGUGGGGAUAACGCCGAAGCCCUCGUCGGAAUCUGAACCAGAGCCGCCGUCCACCGCCGUAGGCGAUCUGGUCAACUCGUUGACCCAGUAGAGAGUGUAUCGCGAGGUCAUGCUCGCGCUCCGGAGAGGCCUCCGCGAUGUUCGCGCCGAGUUCUCCUUCCUCCGUGUCCGCGGCCUCCUCAAGUUCCUCCGAUCGGUCGCCGAGUCCGAUUCCAUCAUCAACCUCUUCUCUCAGACACAAUCGCUUCCUGAGCUUCAAGUCGUGCCGGUUCUGUUUCGGCACUCGCUGAACGAUUCGGACGAUGAGAUCGUACGGAAUUUGGAUCACAUAUUCGGCGUCGAGCCGCUGAAGAUCACAAGCCCUUCAACCGAUUCCGAGGUUUCGCUUGCGCUUAGGGUUUUGGAGGGUUGCUGCCUGCUUCAUCCGGACAGCGCGGUUUUGGCUCAUCAGCACAAGGCCAUUCAGGUUUUGAUGAAUAUAUUACCGACUUGCGGCGUGAUUGAGCAAGGAGCUUGUUUGGAUGCUUUGAUUGCUAUUAUGUUGGAUUCAUCAGCUAAUCAAAUGGAUUUUGAGGCUUUUCAUGGUAUUGAGGAAGUUGCAGGGCUCAAAAGGGACAAACAAGUUGAUGAGAAUCUCAGGCUUUGUCAUUAUUUUGGAGAGACAAGUCAUCCUUUAAUUACUACACCUACCUACAGAAAAAGUAGCUGGUCCACUCACACAUGUUCCAUACUUGACCAUUUAAGUCAAUAACCUUGAACUAUCGCAUGGAUUUCCACUUGCAUCGUGGAAAUUUUGGUUUGCAGUCCCUAUUAUCCUCAACUUGUAAUUUACUUUGAAGCGUGAUUAAGACAAAUGACAAACAAAAGUGGAGAAGAAUCAUCUAUCUUGUGGGAGUCAUUCAUCCUUCCUCUUAUCCUCCCAGAACGAUUUUUGCUUUUUGCAACUUGUUUGGAAAAUAAAUGUGAAUAUGUCUCUCAAGAGCUGAAGCGUUUUCCGUGUAUUUUAGCCUAGUCCAAAUAAUGUGAAUUACGCAUUCUGACUGUUUGCAACUUAUUUGGAAAAUAAAUGUAAAUUUGUUCUCUUAAGAGUUGAGACGA